UCAUUCGCUAGUUUGUGCGUUCUCAGCGCACUAUAUCAACGCUUUGCUUUCAUUGCGAACCCGCGAAAUUUGAACUGGAACAAGUGAUUUACGGUGCUUCAAAAUGCCGAAAAAUAUAUUAGCUGAGAUGGGCUCCCAGGUGGGGCUCACCCCUGCCCGACAGAACAAAAAGGAAGCGGAAGAAUGGGCUCGGCGUCAGAGCGGCCCCAUGGUCAACCCUUCCUUCGAACCCGACGACUUCCUGCCGCAAAGUUUAUCGCCGGUCAAAGAUGAGAAAAAAAGGCCAGGAGAUAAAGGAAUAUUCCUUGUUAAUAUGAAAGAAAAAAAUCUUCAAGAAGUUGAAGAAUAUGAACCCUAUGACAACAGAGUGGUGGAUCAUCCUACAACAAACACAGAAACCCUCCUCCAUCUUCUGAAAGGCAGUUUAGGGACGGGUAUUCUUGCGAUGCCGCACGCAUUUGCUAAAUCUGGUUAUGUUGUCGGAACGAUUGGUACUUUCGUUAUCGGUGUACUAUGCACGUACUGUAUCCACGUGUUGAUGGACUCCUGUUAUGCAUUGUGCAAGCGGCGGAAGGUGCCAUCUCUUACUUACACCGCCGCAGCGGAAGCAGCGCUCUUAGAGGGACCUGAUUGGUGUAAAGUAUGUGCCCCAUAUGCUGCGCACGUCGUAAAUGCAUUUCUCCUCAUCUAUCAGAUCGGCACAUGUUGUGUGUACGUAGUUUUUGUAUCAGAAAAUAUUCAAUAUGUUAUGACAAAUCAAUUCGGUAUAAGUGUGACCGUUUUUGAAGUAAUGUUAUGGAUACUCAUUCCCCUGAUUCUAAUAAAUUGGGUUCGAGAUUUGAAAUACCUGGCGCCGUUCUCAGCCAUUGCAAAUGCAGUCACGAUAGUAAGCUUUGGCAUCAUUUUGUACUACAUAUUCAGAGAAACACCAACUAUAGAAGGAAAGGUUCCCGCAGGAAAAAUAAGUGAAUUUCCUCUCUUUUUUGGCACUGUUUUGUUUGCAUUGGAAGCCAUUGGUGUGAUACUUCCACUUGAGAAUGAAAUGAAGACUCCUAAAGAUUUUGUUGGAAAAUUUGGUGUUCUGAAUCGAGCCAUGAUCAGUAUUAUAAUCCUCUAUGUAGGAAUGGGUAUGUUCGGCUAUUUACAGUACGGUAACGACGCUGCAGGCAGCAUUACUCUUAACCUGCCUUCUAAAACUGAAGUGUUGGCGAGUGUGGUGCAAUGUUUAUUAGCAUUUGCAAUCUUUAUUACUCACGGCCUAGCUUGUUACGUUGCCAUUGAUAUUCUUUGGAAUGAGUACAUCGGCAACCUUCUUCUGAAUAGCUCACGUCGUUUCAUCUGGGAAUACAUUCUUAGGACUGUCAUUGUAUUAGUCACCUUUGGAAUAGCGGCUGCAGUUCCUGAACUGGAUCUAUUCAUUUCGCUGUUCGGUGCCCUCUGCCUCUCCGCUCUUGGAUUAGCCUUUCCUGCGUUCAUCCAAACCUGUACCUACUGGUACUACGUAUCGGACUCUGAGAGGAUUCGCAUGAUCAUAAAAAAUUCCAUAGUAGUGGUGUUUGGAGCUCUCGGACUUGUGGUCGGAACCUGGACAUCACUUGAGGGUAUCAUCAACAAAUUUUCCGCACAUGCCCCAGUAUUGAAUGCCACAGACAGCAUCCUCAAUGAAACUAGUUUGCUUCCGUAAAGUUGGAGUAUGUUAAGUGCCAGUGCCAUUAUUAUAGAUAUAGAACCGUCCGUGGCAUAUUAAAGUGCAAUAGAAACGUAACGCAGGAACGACAUUUCUGCAAAUUCGGACAUAUAAGUUAGUUUUAGAACAAGUAGUAUGUAAAGACGCCUAACAAGUUUAUUUGUGUGAAAUAUGUAAUAUAUUCUGUAAAUAUUUAAAUAAUAUUAAUUAUCUCCAAAAUUUAAGUAAUAACGUAGUAUUCACAUUAUUCUGAGCGUAGGCUUUACGGUACCCAUUGACAUUUACAAUAUUGCAGUCUUAGACCGAGGUAUAGAAAUCAAUCAUUUAUUAUAUAUUGUAUUAAAAUUAUUAAAUAUUUUGUAAGCAACAAUUAAUAAAAAUAAAUCGUUUCAACAAAAUUUAUUUGAUAUAUAAUCAAUAAUUGAACUAUCCGAUGAGACUUGUGCUGUUAUAAAUGACGUAUUACUUAGAUAUAUAUUAUGACACAAAAUUGUCAUUUAAAAUGCAAUAGAGUGUAAAUAUAUAUGUUUGAAUCGAUGUAUUAUACAUACAUUGACCUGUGAAAUGCUUUACCUCGCAGCGAACAAAUGUUAGGUAUUAUUUUUUAGUGAAUAAACAAAUAUUAUUAAAAGUGGACUGUGAGAAUUGUUGUAGUAUUACUGACAGUAAGAAUUCAAAGUAAGAAUGUCAAGUGAAAUAAUAGAAUAGCAUUUUCAUGGAAUAAGUCAUACAAAGAGAUAAUAUGAAAUAAAAACUUUGGAAUGUUAAAGAACCUAUUGUGACCUCGCAAAAUUUGUUACCGAUACAAUUUUUAUUUAUUCAUGUGGCCGGAUGAAUAAAUAGCAAAGUCAAAAAAGAUUCCUAUACGUCAUUUUUAUUUUAUAUUAGUGUAUUUACCUUGUUAUGUUCUUUUAUUAAGAUAAUAUUUAUUGCAUGGAUAUUUAUGAAUUUUAACAGGUUGUCCGGUCGUAUUUAUAAUCUGUGAUGUUAAUAGUUAUAUAAUAUUUAUUAGUUCUAUUAUGAUUACGUUAUGGUUUAUGAUGUGUUUACACGUCAGUGAUAUUGUGCUCAGAGCCAUUUGGGGUUGAAUCCCGGUUAAAUAAAUAUUAAUAUAUUAAA